AUGGCCACCCUCGCUCUCUCCGCAUCUCAAACCAGCCUUCGGUCCCCUCCAUCUCCAUCAUCAAUGUCCUCGUCAUCUUCUCGGUCGCUCCAUCAGGAGGAUGAGGAGAACCUCACAAUAACCACAAAACUUGCUCCAUCCACCAGAAAGGGAAAGCAAAAGAGCCAGGAAGACUUGCGACUUCUCGCCAUCUCAACCCACAUAACGGAACUCUCAUACACCAUUUCGGAUAUUCAGACGCGUAUAUUCGAGAUUCAGGAGCUUCGUCACAAGUCGCAAGCCUCUGGCGACAAUGCCGGCACCACCGUCAUCAUCGACCAAUCCCUCAUGAGCUUAGAUGAGCGGAUUGAGACCGUUUCAAAGGGAAUGAAGUUGAUCAGCGAUUCUCUGGAGCCAAUAUUGCAAACACCAACAACUCCAGACAGUGACCCAAAUGCGGUCAUUUUGCGCAAGCAUUCUGCGUUGGUUGCUGAGUGGGAGGCCGUGCAAGACGAAAGUGACGUCCUAAGAGAGGAGUUGAAGGAGGACAAGUGGUUGACCGUCUUUAGAACAGUCACGGACCAAGCGGAUGGGAUGAUGUCUAGUCUGGAGAAAGCCGUCAAUCGCUGCCAGGAGUUCAUUUGGCAGGUCCAUAAACAUUACGAAGACCCGCUCUCCCAUUCCAUCUCAUCUCAAUCUGGUGACAAGGCUCUUACCUUUGAAACGUACACCUCCUUGCUUGAAUCCUUUGAGGCGAAGAAAAAGCACUACAUGCCGGCGACUUCCAAAGUUCUCUCCAUUAUCGACAAAGGCGUCCGAGACCGGGUCACCAAGAAUGGAGAAACGUUGCGAAGACAUGCAGAAUCUGCUCAACGGUGGAAAAGUCUCAAGGAGCGAAUAACAAGGACAGAUGCUGAAAUGGACGUAGCGCGCAGAUUAUUGCUUGGCGAAGAGACUCCGAGUGAAGUGGGUUCAGGUCGCAACGGUCAUCUUAAUACGCCUUCGAGGACUGGCAGUGCGGCUAGCACUAUUUCGCGCUCCAUUUCACCAUUCAGGAAAUUUGCACGGAAAAUCGCUGGCAGUACAGUCACCCCACUCUCUAUCAACAAGAAUAAUACUUUGCGUGCGCCGUCGUCAGAGCCUACGCAGAGCAAAGCUCGACACCGGACUUCGAUCUUUGGCAUUCGCCCUUCCGUUACGCCUACGCCUAUAACUCCUGAGCGACCAGGGCAUCGACAUACACAAAGCGUAACACCAGACUCAUCUCCACGCGGCAACAAGAUUCUUGACUCGAAAUCGCGCAAUGGAACAGUCUCAUCAAAACCUGGUUGGAAUAGUUCAACUAAAGUGGAUGACAGUGGGAUGGCAACAGUCAAGGCAACUCCACCCAAACGCCCUCCGUCAGCUACAGGGACGUAUAACGACAUUUCGUCUACCAUUGGUGGUGUUUUCAGACGAAGUUUUUCGAGAACUUCAAUGGCCUCUUCUCGACCCUGGUCUCCCGUUACCUCAUCAGUGUCAACGACACAAUCCUCUUCCCGACCACCUCUUCCCUCCUCCCAUCCCCCACUUCCGAAUUAUAGACCACCGUCCCGGUCACAAGCGCCAUCACGUGCACAGACACCUUCGAGGCCGCAAACUCCUUCUCGAUCACACACACCUGGAAUACCUAUGACUCCACGUGCAAGACCUAAGACACCUAGCCACAUUCCAGCCCCCAGUAGUAAAGCUCGAUCUACCUCUGUUGCACCACCAAUGUCAGAUGACGGGUGGGACGAUGAGGGUCGAACUACUACUUUCCAGCGAGCUCUCUCACCCUCAGCACAUCCUCCGCGACCACCAAGUCGUUCCUUAAUUCCAAUCCCAACCCUACAUCUUUCUUCCGCAUCACGACCUUCUUCCUCCAUGUCGUACAACAACGAUGAUAGCACCUUCAGAAGUAAUGCUGCACGAGCUCAGACUCCCGAGUUUGCCCUUCGUGCACGUGUGCAACAACUACCGAUAUUUCCUGGGACUCCAUCUCGGCCAUCAGCUCGGCCAUCACUGCCGGGCAGCGCCGGUAAACUCCCACCCUCAAGUUUCCGAGAGGGAUCAACGAGUCGAACGCCAUCUCGUUCUGGAUCACGAUCUGGCAUGUAUACGCCGACCGAGAGUGGACCGUUGCAUGAAUACGUGCCUGGCAACCCUCGUGAUCCUUUGGACGCUGAGGUUGCCAUUGUUGUGAACGCCAUUUCGCAUGGUUUGCUUGUUGAGCGGGUGGACCCACCGAUCAAGAAACUGCCGAAGGAAGGCGAGGAGCAGAAGGCACAAUACGCCUUUUCAAACGCGCUGAGCAGGAAAGUGAUAACAUGCAAACUGACGACGUUGACCCGCCCUGGAAAGGCUGAUGUUACCAAGAAGGUGAUGGUCCGUGUUGGUGGGGGAUGGCAAGAUUUGAGUCACUAUAUUCUGAACAGACAGGCGGCGAUGUAG